ACCUGGCUAUAGAUGAACAGAAAGAGAAAAUUACCAAAAAAGUAAUUCUUUCAAUAACAGCGAAGGAACACCAUAAGGCACAAGAAGAAGUGAGCAGGCUGAUUGAUGAAUUGCAGACAGCUAUCAAAAGCAACAGAGGUCAUCUCUCAAAACUUGGCCCCCAAUUACAGGCUGAGCAGGAGCAAUUCUCCUCUUAUGUCUACCAACACAUUAAAAGCCUUCCAGCAAACACUCUUAUCCCGGGAGGCCUGCAGCUCAAGAUAUUUGAAAAUGGUAAAGACACUGGAGAGAUCUCUGUUUGUAUCAGCAAAAAAGACCUGGAGUCCAAUAGCCCAACACAAACUGGUGAUAUGAUGGAAAAACUACUUCUCAAGAUCCAUCAGAGGCUUCAAGGAUCUGCCACCAACCCACUAGGCCUCAAUUUUUCUUCAAUCCGGCUUUUUGAUGAGCAUGGUCAAGAAAUUAAGAAUCCACUUUUGCUGAAGAAUGAACAAAAAAUUUGGGUCUCUUACGGUAAAGCAUACAGAUCCCCACUAAACCCUGUUUUGAGUCUGACCUUUGACCAGGUGACUGCAUUUGACAGAGAUGGCAUUACAGUUGCAUAUAAAACCUUCUUGGAUCCUAAUGCUGUUCUGCUACCUGGAUGUGACAAUUGGGAAGUUUGUGAGGGAUUCCCAGUUAAUUUCAAUGGUACCAGUCAACAGAUACCUGAUCAAUUUGAAAAGGUGGACUUGGAGAACCAUUUCCUACAGAACAAGGCGGAUCCCAAUAUUGUCCUUCAUGCCUCUGUUUCCAUCAGACAGCGGAGCUCCUCAAGCAGGGAAGUAAGCAGUGGAAGUCAGAUGGCUCCAUCAACCCUGUGGCCUGCAGCUAGUGUUUGGCUGAUCACGAAGACUGGAAUGAUCCUGAGCCGGGCGAUAACACAGGGCUGCCUGGCUAUUGGUCACCCAAUCAGAGUCAAGCCUGCUGAGGGAACAUCACUAGAAGGGUACAAAUUAAUCCUACAGAAAAGACAUAAAGGAGAUAAUUCUCAGAAGUGGGUGUUUGGAACUGACAGCUGCAUUUAUUCUAAGGCUUAUCCUCAGUUUGUUCUGACCUACCUGGAGGAACUAAAUGCACAAGUGGAUGUGACCCAGACAGAGUAUCACAUUCACCAUGGUGCCCGGACUAAAGCUCAUCAUGGUAGCAGCUUAGCAGAAGAGGUUCUGGAAAAAAGUGCCAGCAUCCCUGGUCUGAAGCAACUGCCAGAGCCUUCAGACACCCAUUUAAUGCCAGAAGGUUCUCUUCGGGAGACAAGGCAGCUGAUGGUGGCACUGGUGAGGAAACUGGAAGAGAAACAUCCUAAGGCUUCUGCUCAGAGGUGGGCCAUAAACACGAAGGGACUAAUAAACCGGGCCAGUGGAAACAUUCCAGUUGAAAAUCCUCUCUGGAACAAGCUUACCUACAUGUGGCCAGUUCUUCCCAGUGGCCAACUUAAUAAGGAGUUUGAUUGGCCAAUAGAAGGAUUGCUGAUUCCAAACAGUCCUCCCAUGAAGAAAUCCAUCUGUAAGACCCCAGGGCCACCUGUCCCUGUGAGGCUGAGAGUUUUGCGGAAUGGAGACAAGAAUAAAAACAGAGCCAUUGUUCUAAUCAGUCCAGAUGUCUCACCUGGACGGAAAAUUCUAAAUGUUGACACUGAAAGGAAAAAGAAUGUGAAAAACUACAAUACUAAAUAUCCUGUAACAGAAACAAUCCAGACUGAAUUUCACCAACUUUUGGAGAGGUGCACCGAAAUUUUAAAUUUACCCUCUGCAGCUCGGAGAUUGUUCAAUGAAAAGGGAAAGGAAAUCUUUGCCCUAAAAGACCUCCGAAGGGACGAAUUGGUAUAUGUUUCAUGUGGAGAACAUUGGAUCAAUCCUGAUGUGUCCAUUGCUCAGCAAAAGAAGCAAAUCUUCCUGAGGAACUUAGCAUCAGAUAUUUCUAAAAUUCAAACUUUCUGCAGCAUACAUAAGAUAGAGGCUCUUGUUUUAGAAGUGCAAAGUGACAUUGUGUCUGGAGCCAAGCUUGCUGUGCAUAAACCUGUAGCAAUUUUUGGAGAAGAAAAGCAAAUUAUGGGACCAAAGGAAAAGCAAAUGGAAAAAAAUGCUUUAACAAUGGAAAAUGCUUCCAGUGAAAUUCUAGAUUCACAUGCAAGAGCCCAUCUUCGAAUGAAAGCUUGUCACACACUUCCCAGAUAUGCCUGGCAGGAAACUCCUCAUGACUUUGAUGAGGAUGACAGUCUUACAAAGAAAAUGGAAGAAGAACUCUUUGAAAAUGUGGAACCACAGAAGAAAUACAGCUAUUCUCCAAAGCGGAGUAAAUUGCAGAAGCUUUGCCACCAGCAGUUUGAAUACAGAGAUGAGCAAAUUAUAUGCCAUGCUGCUCCUCAGUUAGUUUUGGGAGUAAGAGGUCCUGAUCUGCGUUCAGACACGGAGGUAGUUUUGGUGGAGAAAAAAGUGGGUGACAGUCAUCAACGAUGGAUGCACAAGGAAGGCAGCAGGACCUUUCACCUGGUGAGUAACCCGGACUUUGUGCUGGCAGUGUCUGUGACCAAAGCAAGAAAUGAAGUCUGUGGCUAUCCAGUUAUUGUUCAGCAAUAUAAACCUUAUAACAAUGGGACUUCCAAUCAAAAGUGGAAUUACAUGGAAAAUAUCAAAGCUUUCAUGGCCUUUCAUAGCACUGCACUUGAUAAGGAAAUCACAGCAGCAAAUUAUGCUGGUAUUUGUACAUCCUCUGUGAUUAAAGAGGAAAACAUUGAUCAACCAGGAUACUAUUAUCUCUCACCCACUGGAAAGAGGAAAAUUGUGCUCUGCUUAGCAUGUGGACGAUCCAUGAGAGCAGAGAAGGGGCUGAAGCAGUCGCUUCCAGGGCUGCCAUUCCUCUGUGCCUCUGGCUCCAAGACCCAGAAGCCCUUCUCACGAGGGCCUUUCAAGGUCAUCAGUGUGGCAAAGGCUGAUUUAUCUUCUUAUGAGGCUGAGAAAACGCUAAGUUAUUAUGAAGAACGUCUAUUAUCUUUACGGAUGAAGACCUGCACACAAGUUGUAUCUCAUGGUGGUCUAGCAGCUAUGCACCAGAAGGCAGUGAAAAUAAUUGCAUACAAAAAUGGAGAUGGAUAUCGAAAUGGAAAGUUAAUUGUGGCUGAAACAUUCCCCCAGUAACUUCUUACAGAAUGUACGGAGCAACUUGGCCUUGCCAGAGCAGCAUCCAAAGUUUAUACCAAAGAUGGAACCACAGUCCUUUCCUUACGUGACUUGGUUUUAUGGGCUCUGGAUGAAUCUUUCAUCCAGAGAAACCUGAGGAACCAAAGAAAGAGGCAGCCUCUUGGUAAAUGUGUCAUUUGUUUCCUAGAAAACCCAAGAACAAAACAGAAAACCACAUUAUUUCCAAAGUCUGUGACAUCUGAUAGUUUGGAUGGUGUAGAUAAGUCUUUGCUCACCCUCAUCCUCAGAAAUCCCAUUGCCAUCUGGGUAUCUUGUGGUGAACCAUUUCUAUCUCCAAAUGCUUUGCAGAAAGUAGAAAAAUUAGAAAAACAGAACUGGCUAAAGGACAAAAUUUUGGCUGAUCUAGACACCAUGAAACAAAUGAGACAGUUAAAAGGGCGGCGAGUAGCAGCAUGUCAGCCAGCCGCCAUGGUUCCCAACAAAAACCCUGUGCAGCCGGUGGUGAUGGAAGGAGGAUGGACCGAGAAGACUCAAGAGGAAAUUAAACUCAUGGAGCUCAUAAGACAUACAGAGGAGCACCUUUCUGCAGUUCAAGAACUGCAAUCCAAAAGAAAUUCUACAGUUGAAACUAAACGUAUCACUCAUUCGGAGCAGGCUGUACAAGCAGCCAAUGCAAAACGAGUCUGGAUUUAUCCAAAUGGAGGCAGACCUGAAGAUGGUACUUAUGCCUGGGGCAAAACUAUUUCAGAGCUGCUGGAUGACUGUUCCUCUCGUCUCAAAAUGGUCCACCCAGCCAGAACACUGCACACCCCGGAUGGAGAACCAAUUUACUCGUGGGAUGACAUAGAGAGAGACAUGGUCAUCUGCGUAUCCACAGGACGUGGCUUUAUAACCCAAAAGAAAUUAAAGCAACUGAUGGAGAUCAGAGCAAAUUAUGCCAGAAUCCGAAGGCAGCAGGGCCCUCAAGCCACAAACAUUGUGGUGUCACGAUCUGAAAAGCUGCAAUUUCCGGAAAGAAAACUUCCUUCACCUACCUGUAAUCAGAAGACUGACAGAAAGACCAUUAUUCAGAUUGCUGAAGACUCAAAUUUAGGAAAAUCCCCUUUACAAAAGAAAUCUGUGUGGUUCAUUUAAAAUUUAGUCCUAAAAUUUAUCUUUUAAAAUACUUGAUUUCUCAUAGACCGAUUUGAAAAUUACCAACACUGAUAAAUCAGCUACAAGCUAUCUAUAAAUUAGUAAGAAGACAUAUAAUCAAAGGCAGCAUUAGCCAUAGAGACUUCAUAUUCCAGUGAAAUCUUGCAUAUAUUGUCUAGUUUUUCCAGUCUGUAGAGUGGCCUGUUGGAAAAAGUUGCAUAUAUAUUGAACACGUGUUUUGUCUCCCCAACUGGACGGCAAGUACCUGGAGGGCAGGGACCCUUGUUUUUAUUGACUUGGGACAGGGCUGUACCCAUAAGGGCUCAGUGAUAAUGCCCAGCAGUCCCACUGCCAGAGCAACAUAAGGGGCAGUUGAGAUUCAGCUCUCUUCCACUCUUGUGCUAGACCACAAACUGAAAUUACAACAGGACAGUGGGAACAGAGGACUCUGCUUUAUAGAUUUCAUUUCAGUCAGCUGUUCAGGAGCUACACGCUCAGAGUCAAAUUAAAUCGAGUUAUAGUUGAAUAGUCCUUCUGCUCUUCAGAGACAAGAAACGCUUCUCAAAUUGUGCAAAUGAAAUAAAUGUGAUUGUGUAAACUAGGCAUCUUAUAUUCUUAAAACAUAUCUUUAAUGAUUAUACAUUUUGGUUUAAGAUGCCAAGUUUGAAAAAAAAUCUAAAAUUAAGUGAAAUUACUUCUAUAUGAAUUGACAACAUUGAAAACCUCAACAGACUUUGUAAAGGAAUUCUCAAACUGUUUUGGUUCAUAUGCUACCUUAGAGAAUCUUGAAAAACCAUAAACUUACAAAGUGCACAUACAAAAAAAAAAAAGCUUUUUUUUUAUAUCAUUUCACAGAGUUCACAGACCAACCUGAUGAACAUCUGUAAAGAACUUCUGAUAUAAGGGAAGAUAUUCUUUUUAAAAAAUUUUUUUAAUGUUU